UGUGCGAUACACAUAAAAUGUCAUCCAAACAACCGCCCGAUUUUUCUAAAAAGUUUUCUAGUUUUGUAAGAUGUAAAGUAAAUUAAUAGUGUAAAAUUAUGUUUGCAUUGUGGUGUUGUGAAUUAAAACUAUACGAAAUCACAUGAGGCGUCUAGAAUUAAUAAAUAACUGAUCUCAUUACAAGUAAUUGUGCUAAAGUGCAUCUGUUUGAUACUUUUAUAAUUUUGUCUCCAGCUUAAAAGUGUUGUAAAUUGUGAGAGUCUGUUAUAAUAUAUGAUAAAUAAACUGUUUGUGUAAAUAUUUUUUAAUAUUUAACAACUCACCUUUUAAAUAAAAAAAAAACGAAAAAUGCAAGUAGACGAUCCCCCUUAUUUAUCUGUUGGUACAGCAGUUAGUGCAAAAUAUAAGGGAGCCUUUUGCGAAGCUAAAGUAAGCAAAGUUGUCCGUAUUGUAAAAUGCAAGGUAACUUAUAAAAUGGGUUUGGGUAAUGCCACACUUAGCGACGAGCAGAUAAAAGGAACAUUGCGUGUAGGUCAACUCGUUCAGGCUAAACACCCUGACAAAAAAGAAUUGGUCGAUGCAACGAUAACAAAAAUACAAGAUUGCAGUCAGUAUACUGUCGUUUUUGAUGAUGGUGAUAUAACCACCUUGAGAAGAACAGCUUUGUGUUUAAAAAGCGGAAGACAUUUUAAUGAAAGUGAGACUUUGGAUCAAUUACCUCUAACACAUCCAGAGCAUUUUGGAAACCCCGUAGUUGGGGGAAGAAGAGGUCGACGAAAUAGGCAGCUAAAGGAAGAUAGUAGUGACGGAGAAGUCGAAGAAGAAAAUGAACCUGAUUUAGAGGCUUAUAUACUGGACAUCGGCAGAGUAGUUAGUGUGGAAUCUACAGAAAAGAAACGAACUAAAGACAACUGGUUUCCGGGACUUGUAGUUAUACCCUCUGCCCAACCAACGGUUCGAAUCAAUGUAAAAGACGAAUAUUUAAUUAGAUCGUUUAAAGACGGUCGAUAUUACACAGUACCUAAAAAAGAAGUGUCUGAAUUUAAUAGGGAAAUUGGAGAAAAGGUCGAUAGUUCUGUUUUGGCCGAAGCUGUUCAAAAAGCUCUGAAGUAUCUCGACAAUAAUGAGCUGCCCGUACACUGGGAAAAAAGCUUGUUGUUCAGCUCUCAGUCUUUAGACAGUGAAAGUGAUGAAAAUUUUACCGAUACUUCCGAUGACGAGCCGUGUGAAGAAAAAGACAGGUUCGUGGCCCAGUUGUAUAAAUUCAUGGACGACGCUGGUACUCCCCUAAAUAAGACACCCACCAUUGCAGCUAAGGACAUUGAUCUCCACCGACUAUUCCGAGGUGUUCAAAAACUGGGGGGUUACAACAGGGUUACCAAUCAGAACAAAUGGAGGUCCGUCACGGCUAGACUUCGCCUCCCAAACAAUCAGAGCACUUGCAAUCAAGUGAAAUCCCUGUACAAAAAGUGCUUGUCGAGUUAUGAAACUUUCUACAGAACUCUGGGUGUGACAAUGCUAAACCACACCCGGUCUAAUAAGAAAAACCGGGGUAGGAGCCUGAUUAGAGAUAAAGACAGAACCACCCCGUUGAACAGUCCUAGACCGGACAAAGAGGAGGAGCUUGUAGAGAAAGUGGAAGAAAAGAAGGAGGUGCCCGUUCAAACACCCGAGCCAGUCAAGGUAAAGAAGAAGCAGGAAAUUAGAAAGAUUAUAAACAUCGCGGAGAUCAGCGAUACAAAUAGCAGCGAUACGGCCGACCAAUCAGAACCAGUCGCUGGUAGUUCAAAGGAUUCCGGUCGACCGAAACGGGAGAAUAAAUCCAACAAAGAUAGAAAAAUUCGAAUGGUAACGAGCGUCGAAAAAGUAAAGUUGGUGGUGGAGAAGCCCGAGGAAAUACAGAAAAAGGAAGAGGAGGAUAAAGGACAGCAGACCCGAUCUAAAUCACAAUCUAAAGCAAAAGAUCCCCUCAUCUUGGAUAAGAAAAUUGAAAAUAGAGUAAACACACGAGAAUCCAGAACUUUGAGUGUUAGUAAAAUGAAUCCUAAAAAGAUAGUUCCCGAAGAGGACAAGAAGCGAGGUCGGAAAAAGAUAGGCGACGAUAAAACAUCUGCCGAAGGUGAAGGGACGACUAUAAGCAUUAACAUCGGUGACAAAUUGAAAGUUUACUAUGGGCCGACUCACGAGUCUAAAGUUACGUACGAGGCAAAGGUCAUUGAAAUCGACAAGGAUCAAAGCGGACUCGUGUAUUUGGUGCACUAUACGGGAUGGAACACUAGGUACGACGAGUGGAUACAACCACAAAGGGUUGCAGAAAACCUCAGCGCUGCAACGAAAGCCAAAAGGUUAAAGCAAAGUAAUGCCUCCAAUGCAGCUACUAAACUAGGAUCAGCAAAAAAUGCAGGCAAACGAGGUAGAGGAGUAUCUAUCACCGGUCGCAGCGCCUCAACAAAUGAAAUACCUCGAUCUACAACACCAUCUAGCGUUACAUCGUCAAGCAGCAGGACCAAAAGUCCUGCAACUCCUGCCACAAGGUCAACCAGUAGACUCACCAGACAAGAUUCCACCAGAAGAGCUAGAAGAAUUUCUGCCCACACUGAUGUUUCAAAUCACUCAGAAUCCGAGAGUGAGGGUUCGGUUAGUGAAUCUGAAGUUCCCCGUACAAGAAGUGGAGGAAAGACGGAUGAAGUGGAAAUCAGAACUUAUAAAAGGAAAAUUGUAAAGCCGCCCUCAACGCCGAAGACUGACAAACGAAAAGAAAAGGAAGACGAAGAUACGGAAAAGGAGGAAGACAGCGAAAAAUCUGUGAGGAGGACAAAGAAAAUUAAGAAAUCUCCAGAGAAGUCAACAGCAGAAGAGAGUGAAGAUGAGACUAACCCCCCGAAAGGUCGAGAUUUUGAUUUGAAUCAAAUUCGAUCAGAACUGAAGGGAUUCGCGAAAGCAAUAAAAGUACCCUCGAUGGAUGCGAUUGAAAAAGAAAUAGUGUCUUCGUCAGAUGAUUCUACCAAUCCACCGCCACCAGAAUUGGCUUUGAGUACAGAAGGUGAAACCGAAGAAGAGAAGCCCAAGGAGAAGCCAUUGGAGAAAUCCUCCAGUUCUGAAGACAUUUAUGAAUUCAAGGAACCUGAGCCUUUUGAAUUCGAAAGUAGGUCCAAGAUGGUAGAAGACAAGAAUGCCAAGAAACGUUUAGUACCACGAAUUUUCGAUGAGCUAGACAAGUCCCCUAAAAAGAAAACUAUCAAAUCUCCGCCUAGCAAAUUAGAAAAACAGGAGAGCCCUAGUCCAGAAAGGAAGCCUUUCAGGAAAAUCCCAGUAAGGAAACCAGAUUUGCAGGAUGUUUCGGACGACGAAGACACCAUUUCUGCUCCGGUUAUCAUGUCUCCCCAAAAAGAAGAAGAUCCUUUUGACAAACUUGUCGAAUCGCCUAGCUUCAACUUGAUAAAGACAUCUGACAAACCUGUCGAUAAGGCUAAAGUCACUAAGAAUCUACUGGAUGAACCCUUGAGCCUGUUCCGAGAGUUACCAGAAACAGUGGAUGACUAUAGCAGGGAUAUGGAACUGUCCGACUGCGAAUCUCAAACUCAGAUAUUCACUCGUUCCGGGGAACUGUUUUCCGAUACUUUCUCAAAGUCAUCGCCUGAUCGUAAUACGCUAGACUUGGAAUUUUCAUCUAGUAAAAUGGACGAGUGCAAAUUGAAGGACAGCGAUGACGAUGACAUGAUCAGGGCUCAAAUACAAAGAGUUAUCGCUCAAAGUUCUUCCACAGAUGACGACAGUGGAGAUGCCUUACUGAUAACUCCCCCCACAAACAGUUACCAGGCCAAAAAGCGGGACAUAGAUCCGGGUCCUCUGGCGAGUAUUCUGGGAAUUAGCACCUCCACUCACAUCAUAGAGGUGCCCAAAGUGGAAGAGGAAGUAAAAGAACCUAUUUUGUCUGUCCCGCCCAUAGAAAUAGAAGAAAAACAGGAGCUGCCUCCUCCGCCUGUCGAAAAAUCGGUAUUUUCUAUUGUAAAACAGACGAUUUCUCCUGCCCUACAAGAAACCGACAGCACCUUGUUGGAAUCUAUCGUCUCACAGCCGCCAGUGUGCUUAAACGCGAAACUAGAGGAAACGGCUAAGGAACUAAGCAACGUAAAAACGGGAACGAAAAUCGCGGAUUCGAUACUUCAGAAAUUCAAUUCGAUUAAGAACAAAAUCGAAAGUAAGUCGCCUAUUCAAGAAACCACCUCGGAACCAGACGAUGUGAACACCAACGUUAAAUCGGAAUUUAAAUUUGAAUUGCCAAAGGAAGAACCGAAGCCUAGCGUUAGCGAGAUAAAAUUGAAGCCCCUCGAAGUUAAACCUAAAUAUACCGACAUUAAGACUAAGAUCGCGGACAAUCCCUCGACGCCAGUAGAUAUUAAAGUGAAACCGGAAACUUCUAAGAUGGACAUCUCGACCUCCGUUUCACCCACUCCAAAACUCGAGUCACUUUCCGAUUCUAAGAAGCGCAGAAAGGUUGUGAGUAGGCCUUACAUUGAAGAGUCCGAGUCCGAUAGCAGCGAUUCCGAACAGUUAAUCAUAGCGAGGUCCGACGAAGAUUCACAGACGAAUUCGAUGGAUAUCAAAUUGCCGGUUGAGUACAAAGAAAGCGAUAACAGCAAUCCCUUCCCGCAAUUGCUGACGACCACGGACGAGUCUCAAUCUCAAGAAGAGCCGCGCAAUUUCCAAUUUGACAUAAAGAGAGAGAAAACUCCCGAGCCGCAGAUUCAGAUUUGUCCAUCGAAAGAGGAGGAAGAAGAACAGGAAGUAAAAUCCGAGAAUGCCGACGACGCCGAGGCGGUUAAAGAGGAGGAGCCAGACUCUCAUCUACACUCUCUAUUGCUGUGCGAAGAAGAGAUUCCGAGGAGUCCAGCUCCGGCAACCGAACCGAUUCCCACGGCUGAAGUUAAACCCAACAAGUCCGUAUUGGAGAUGCCAUUUGCCAGCGCACCGGGUACGAGUAAUAGCAAGAGUAUGUUGCAUUUGGAGCACAAAAAGGUCCAUCCUUUGCCUUUGGAGCUGCCCGUGGAACGGGAGAGUAGAGCGGAUGCUUCGGCCGUUUUGGAUAAUACGCCUCCGACCACUCCAGAAAGUACUAUUAGCACGCCAAGCGGUGAUAAUGGUGACUUAUCUCCGAAUACAGCCGAUAACGAAAGUUGCAAGUCUAACGAUAACGAGCCGGAAUACCCGAGGCAAAGGAGAAACUCGUCGAUGAAAGUUUCUCCUUACAGCGAAGAAGACACGCAAAUGACGAGCGAUACAAGCAUCGUCAAAAAACUUAAAGAGGAAUUAACUCCGGGUUCUUGCAAAAAACGUAGGAAAUCGUUGCGCGGAUCGGACGAUGCGACACCUGCGAAACGUGGCAGAAAACCUGUAAAUAGAUCUCGUCAAAACAGCGACAGUGACGACACAUCGGAACACUCAAAUACUGGUAGUACAAACAUUGGAUUGUACGAGAGAUCGACCAGAUCUCCCAGACCGUCCAAGUACAAUUUCUAUGUAGAAUUUGAUCCCAGUUUAGAUAGCGGGCAGAGAAUAGCAGUUUUGCAACAAAAACUCUCCGAGUUGAGGAAAACGUAUGCUGACGUCAAAGCGGAAUUGGCUGCGGUGGAGAGGAGGAGGAAAAAGAUAAGGCGUAGGGAAAGAGAAGCCCUGAAAGCCGCAAAACAGGAAAUGGCGUGCGCAUGAUAAAAAAACUCACUCGACCAGAUGAUCUUCCGUUUUUAAUAUAUUUAUUAAACAAAGUGACAACCUGCAGAUUACCAAUUCGGUACAACAAAUUUUAUUUGAACAUAACACAAACUGUUUGGUGGUUUUGAAAGUGUUAGAGAUUUCAUAGCCUUUAAAAGUGCGGUUUGAAUUUUAUAUGUCAUAGAUUAAAAUAAGUUAUAAAGGGUCUUCUUCCUUAAAGUGUUCAGAAAUCCAGUUGUCGCAAAAGGUGUCCCAGUUUCCACUGUAAUAUGCAUAUAUCAAAUUUAGGUAUAAAAACAUCUUAAAAGUAAGCAGUAAUAAAUUUAAUUUAAAAUUAUAUGUUAUCUCAAAUUGUUAGAAAGCAAUUGCUUGUAUAUUGGACUGUAAAUACUUUGAUACAUUGUUUAUGUUAUUUAGAAAAAUUAAUAAUUAUUCAAAUGAAAAUUCAUUAAGGUAAUCAUAUAUUUAACCCCUGUCAUUCUAUUCUAUUAAGUUGAUCUCAUCUUUUAGAUAUUUUAGAAACUUUUGAAGUACCUAAAAAAUAUUUAUUAAUAAAAGCCCUAUAUAUUAUUACUUUCUAAUAUCUUUUGUAAAUUUUGUUUUUUAGUAAUAGAAAGCAGAAAGUUAAGUAAAAAAGGUAUUUCAUCAUCCUCAUUUAGUUAAACUUAAUGGCAACUUUUUAAGAUCUUAGUUCAUAUGAACUCAAAAAAAAAACACUCCUGGUUUCAUUAAAUUUAUUAUUAAGGCUCUUCCAGAUUUUUUGUGUCAAAUUAUAUACAAAAUCAACAAUUUUUACAGAAAUAAAAUGAGUUAAAUUUGUAGUCAUUUAUCAUAUUUGAAAAAUUUUGUGGUAAAAUUGCAAUUAAGAAGCAAUUUAUGAAUUGUGAUAAUUUUUGUGCCAAUUUUCUUAUGAAAUUUGUUUGGUUCUAUGAAAAAAAAUAUUCUUAACAUUUCAAAGUAUUACAACAAUCUACCUCUGAGAAGGCAUUCACACUUGGUAUUUUUGGACCAGAUGAUAUUUGGCAUAAGCAUAUCAAUAAAGCUACAUUUACCAUAUAAUACCAUAUAAUUUUUAACAAUUAAUUGUCUUUAUUUACUUUGUACCUGAUCGAUGUUUGAAAUAAAGAACACAAGACCGAACAAGAGUGUUCCUCAAGUCAUUAUCAACUUUAAUUUACUUGACUUUCUGCCACUGAUCUGAUAUUUUAUUAUGGAGAGAAAUGCCUAAAAUAUACUCGAUUUAUUAACAUAUGAACUCCAAUACAUAGGUAACAUAAAAUAUUUCUAACUGCCAUUACUUUUUAAAUUAAUAUACAGUAUGUUAAUAUUUGCUGAUUUAAAAAUUUGAAUUACAGAAAAGAUCUACCUUUUUGCCAAAGUCAUUAAAAGAAAUUAAUAAAGAUUCAUUAUAUUUAUAAAUAUAAAACUAGUUUCCGGCCUUCCAAAAUCAUUCUUGUUUAAAAAUUGUUUUCUUUUUUAUUUUCGUGUUUUUUCUGCCUUGUCGGGACAGUUUUUUUUAAUGAUUUUUUGUGGCACUAGAUAAAAAAGGGGUUGAUCUUUUAUAUACUACAAAAUUUUAGUUUUUAAAUCACCGAAUUCCUAGCAGGAGUGCUUCGAGACUUACUGUAUAUUAAAUAUGUUCAAAUAAUAAAUUGUGUACAUAUUUUUAUAAUACAAAAAAGAUGUAUAUUUUUUCUAGAAUAGCAAUAUUAAUUAUUAUUUAUUUUAUUGAAUGCAAAAAAAAAGACAAAUUUUACUAUAAGUGUACCUACAUCUUAUUAAAAUCUCAUUAUAGGUAUCAGAUUUAGAAAAUUAUCUGCAGUAUUUUCUAUUUAGUAAUGUAAAUUAUUAUGAUGAUGGAGAUAAUGUAAAAAUAUUAAGAUUUAUGAACAACCACAUUUGAAAUAUGUGAUACAACACUAGCAAAUAUUUUGGCUAUGAUGAAUCAAAGUUUGGAAACAUAAUUUGUGAUUUUUCUGAAAAUAUUAGUGGAAAAAUUUUGGCAAAGCUAAAACAUAAAAUGUAGCUUCGUACAAUUUGAUUUCUGAAUAUGAAUAUAAAUGUUUGAUUAAAGAAAUGUACAAUUUUAUAUGAUUUAUUUCUUAGACACAUAU